UUUACCACAGGUGGACUUGGACUCCAAUCAAGUUGUAGAAAGUGCUCAAGGAUGAUCAAUGGAAACAAGAUGCACCUGAGCUCAAUUUCGAGUCUCAUAGCAAAGGGUCUGAAUACUUAUGUAAAUAAGGUUUCACAAUCGUAUUUGACGUCCAACGCGGGAUGGGCGGGGCUUGGGAGAAAGGAAGGUCUACCUCCGUAGCUCGGACGGGGCUGAAUACUCCGUUGUCUCGAAAGAGUCAUAUCCUGUCAUUCCUACCUUGAACGUAGGUAAGUUCGCUUUCUUUGACUGCCUAACAUCUUGUUGUUUUUCUCCUUUACAUUGCCUUUGUUUUGUGCCAGUUUUAGGCUGAUAUGGUUAAAGUGAAUACAUCAGAAAAAAACGAAUCAUAUUUAUGCAACAUUCAUAGUCAAUCCUAAGCAUAUUCCUAGGUAGAAGUCACUUCACACGUACACUUUUUCUUAUCUAUUCUUUUUCCUGAGCUACAAAACUAGAUGUGAAAAGUUUGUGAAAUCCUUUGGUGUCCUUGGAAUAAGUGAACGAUGUUACCAUCUCUGCAAAGUGCAUCUCCAAGACUCCCUCCCCUGCUGGACAGCUACAGUCAGUGUGAGGAGAAUGAUGAGACAAUGAGUGACGCAUCCAUAUCUAGUGCCCUACGCUUAAGACCCCAUAGUCAACUCAAUUAUCCAGAAGUUCUCAGCCAGAGCAGGAUGGCCAAUAGAGAGCCACACGGCAGCCAAGAAGAACCACCGUCAAGAUCCAGCCAAAACUGGCCACCCCAGGGACUAUGUGCUGGCUACAGCCCCCAGACACCCUACCCCGGAGAGGAAGAGAUGUGUCUGAGUGCCCUGGACCACCAGAGGUACGCCUGGCUGAAAUCUAGCUUUGCAAACAGCAGCGAUGGAUGCACUGGAGGGCCAUACCCAGACAGCCUGCCAUCCUACUCAUACCCACACGGUGCAGACUUUGCCAGUUGCCCAGUAGAGGAGGGCUAUCAUCACCAAGGUAAAUCCCACCACUCACUCCCCGGGCUUUACAGCCCCAGCAUCAGUAGUUUGGAGCAGCCGUACUCUCUGCUCUCCUGCCCACCAGAGGCUGCCCCCCGUUACCCUUUCCUUCCCCCGUACCACUACCCUACCCAGGGUCCGGUCUGCUGUGCACAGUGCCCUGCACAGGGGCUCGGAAUGGGCCCUGUCCUACAGCUCGUUCCAAGGCCAAGUUACCGUCCACCCUACUAUGGUCCGGACCACUGCAGACAUCAAGAUGCAGCUGGCACCACUCAAAGUGAGAGCUUUGUCCCCCAACACAGACAAAGUGACAGACCUGGGAGUAGUACACAGCUGUCAUUGGAGCAAAGAAAGGUCUUUGUCACCUAUGAGAGAGACAGCGACAACCAUUUUAAAGAGACCAUGAACUUUGUUUCCCUGCUGCGACACAACGGCUUUGACACUAGUGUGGAUGUAUUUGAGCAACAGCUCAUAAGUAUUAGCGCCAUUGACUUCAUGGAAAAAUACAUCAACGAGAAAUAUUACCUUAUCAUCAUUGUUAUCAGUCCCAAGUAUCAUGAGACCGUAACGGGGGCUAACAUCUAUAUGGAGAAAGACGAGAGGAUGUUACACACAGUCUAUAUCCAUAAGCAGCUGCAGAAUGAGUUCAUUCAGAAUGGAUGCCAGAACUUCAGAUUCAUUCCCAUACUGUUUCCAGGAGCUAAAAAGUGCCAUGUUCCUGCCUGGCUCCAGAACACUCUAGUCUACACCUGGCCAAAGGACAGAGACGACAUCCUACGUCGACUGAUGAGAGUGGAGAAGUACAACCCUCCGCCUGUUGGGGAGCUACCCACCAUCGUUUCCACCCCCCUCUAGAACCACAGCCUGCAGGGUUUACUUUACAGUGAAGUCCAGCCAUGCUGUUUUUCCAUCAGGACUGGGUCCCACUCCCAGCCUUUUUUGAGGUGAAGGCACUGUUAUUCUAGGGAAUUUGUGUUUCCAUAGCUAUGGCUGAGUGACACUAAGGAGUUGUGAAGCACAUAAUCAACAACCUCUGUCUUUUGAGAACAUCUGUUGCAGUAUUCUGCCCAGGGAGGUGGCAAUAAAUUGGAUUUGAUUGAUGUUUAA